AUGGAAUCUAGAGGAUCAGAUCUGGUCUCAAGCGCGAAAUAUUCAACUCCAGCAAUAGAAGGCACCUACAAGAAGCUUAUUACAUAUGAUAAGGACUUGAGGAAGAGGUAUACAGUUUCACGACUUGGGCCGAGGACUCACGAUACUGAAAUUUUGGUGAAAGUUUUGCGCUUUUGGCUAAACGAUCACCCAACUUCUGCUAAAAGAUUAGAGCUCAUACUAUCUGAUGAAGAGGGAGAGAAGAUUCAAGCAACUGUGCAUGUUUCCGUUUAUGAGGCUUAUGAUUGCAAGGUCAACGAGGGAGAUUGGAUUGUCAUUAAGAAUUUCGAUGUCACUACUCAGACAGGACAUUGUAGAGCUACUUGGCAUCUAAAUCGAAUAUAUUUGAUGCCAACAACAAUCAUCACAAAGAUCUAUUUCGCUAGCGGUUUCCUUUCUUUUGCAUUCAUCUCGCGAAAUAAGUGCUAUCUAUCAUCCGGGAUAUUAAGUAGACUGAGACAACCGGAACCUGGAAAUAUAGAUCUUGGUGGACAUUACGAGUGUGAUUUUAGGAUAUAUGGUUAUCUGAGUUCAACUUACAUAAUACUUGGGAAAUGGAGUGACACUUCUGAAAAGAGAGGGAGGGUUAACUUGCUGGCUCAGAUGGCAGCUGAAGAAGCUUUGAGAGCCGAGAGCUUGGUUAAUGCGAAUAGGGGUGUAAGAUUCGAAACCGUAGCCACUGAGAAUAGGGGUAGAGGGAGGGUUAACUUGCUGGCUCAGAUGGCAGCUGAAGAAGCUUUGAGAGCCGAGAGCUUGGUUAAUGCGAAUAGGGGUGUAAGAUUCGAAACCGUAGCCACUGAGAAUAGGGGUGUAAGAAACAAGACCAAGACCGUUUCUGCUGCGAGUGAUGGUUUAAGAGCUGAGUUUGUAGCUGCUGUGAGUGAGACUGUAGCUGAGAAGAGACAUGACUCUGUGGAUGCUAAUUGUGGGGUCGCAGUUGUUGCUCCUUUCAGUAAUAAUGAGUUACAUGUAUGUGCAAAGUGUUUUGCUCCUGCAAAGACACGUUGCUCGAGAUGCAAAUCUGUUAGAUACUGCUCUGGGAAGUGCCAGAUAAUCCACUGGAGGUUGGCUCAUAAAGAUGAAUGUGUACCGGUGGAGACUUGCUCUUCUUCAUCUGAGGGAGAUGCUGUGUUGCACGACUCUGGCAUGGAUUCUACAAUGUAUAGUAACAAUACUAAGCAGAAUGCAAAGGGAAAGACUUCAAAAAGCUCUGUAGAAUUUGCAAGCUUGGGUAUCUCUCAGAUUGAUAUUACACCACAAGUCAACACACAAGGGAGAAAAAGCAUAGGGAAACAAAGUUCUUCCAAGUCCAACCGAGAAUCAUCUGGUAGUGAAGCUGCUUGUGCUGGUGGCGAUAACAAGAAGGGUCACACUAAACAUAAGUCGAGAAGCAACAACAGUGGUGCUGUGGAAACAAAUUCUAGAAGGCAUUCUCUUGACAACUCCUGUAUGCAAAUGAAUGGACAAACUUUUGUAAGUGGUAUACAGGAAAACAAUUUGGGAGCAAGAAGCUCUUUUGGCUGUCCAAACGCACAAUUUCCUCCAAACGGGACCAGAGCUGCUACACUGCCAAAAUCUGCAGAACAAUCAAGCGCAGAGACAAGUAAGAAGGGGCAAGUCGCUUCAGUAUCAAAGACAGUUAGGUCCAAAGAUACUGGGAUUGCUGAAGAAAGCCAUGGCGUCUCCUCAGGGAUAAUGAAAAUGAUGGGUUUAAGAAAUUCUACAAAGCAUGAUGAUCGACAUAAGAACCUGAAAAUGCUUUUUCCGUACGAAGAAUUUCUUAAAUUCUUUCAGUGUGAAGUGUUUGACUUAUCACCUAGGGGCCUUGUAAAUUGUGGAAACAGUUGCUAUGCAAACGCUGUCUUGCAGUCGUUAACAUGUACAAAACCACUCGUUGCUUAUUUGCUUCGACGAUCACAUUCAAGAUCAUGUUCUGGGAAAGACUGGUGUCUUAUGUGUGAACUUGAGCAACAUGUAAUGAUGCUUAGAGAAUCUGGAGGUCCACUUUCUGCCAGCAGAAUUCUCUCACACAUGCGAAGUAUAAAUUGUCAGAUUGGUGAUGGGAGCCAAGAAGAUGCUCAUGAGUUCUUAAGGCUUUUGGUUGCAUCUAUGCAAUCCAUAUGUUUGGAGAGACUUGGAGGUGAGACUAAAGUGGAUCCAAGACUGCAAGAAACAACUUUAGUUCAACAUAUGUUUGGUGGACGUCUCCGUUCAAAGGUGAAAUGCUUGAGGUGUGAUCACGAAUCAGAAAGAUACGAGAACAUCAUGGAUCUCACAUUGGAGAUAUACGGUUGGGUAGAAUCUCUUCAAGAUGCCUUGACUCAGUUCACUAGACCGGAAGAUCUCGACGGAGAAAAUAUGUAUAGAUGCAGCAGGUGCGCUGGAUAUGUAAGAGCAAGGAAAGAGCUGAGCAUUCAUGAAGCACCAAACAUUCUCACAAUUGUUCUCAAGAGAUUCCAGGAAGGAAGAUACGGCAAAAUAAACAAAUGUAUUAGCUUUCCUGAAAUGCUGGACAUGAAUCCUUUCAUGACAAGAACCGGAGAUGUUCCUCCUCUUUACAUGCUCUACGCUGUGAUAGUUCACUUGGAUACUCUCAACGCAUCUUUCUCGGGUCAUUACAUUUCCUAUGUCAAAGAUUUGAGAGGCAACUGGUUCCGAAUCGAUGAUUCCGAGAUUUAUCGAGUGCCAAUGACUCAAGUUAUGUCAGAAGGAGCUUAUAUGUUGUUCUACAUGAGAUCAUAUCCGCGUCCACAAAGAGGAGAACACAAUGGAAAAGCUCAGGUUCCGCAUCCGCAUCCGCCGCAACCAAGAAACGAGAUGAAGGAACAGAGGCAACAAGUGAACCGCUUCAAACCGAGAUCUCAACACAACAACAACACAGAGUCAUCAUCAAGCGAGUGGUCUCUCUUCACGAGCUCAGACGAAGCUUCUUUCACCACAGAAUCAACCAGAGACUCCUUCAGCACCAUAGACUACACUGACGUCGUGGAGACUUCUUCUCCCUUCUCCAUCUUCAACAACUUAUACCAGCCGCAGCCAUCGCCGCACAACACGGUCGCCUGCAGAAUGUUCUCAGGUACCAAACCCGAAACUCGGUACUUCGUCGAGGAAGAGACGAACCACAACAACACGGUCUUGAUGGACGACUCAGCACCAUCAUCAUCAUCCCACGAUUAUUACCACCAGCAGCCGAGUAUGUAUGUAAAUUACGAGACUAACCCAGGAUUUAACUGUCAGGAUCAAACUUACAACAGUUAUGAACAAAACUGGUAG